CCUAAUUCCACCACCUCCACAGCUCCGAUCCCCCGCCUCUCUGUCUGGAGCUUCCAGUGGCUGGUCUUGAGGGUCUCUUUCUCUCCCCCCUCCACUGGGUGAUUCUUGGUCUAGGAAGCGGGUUAGAACACGUCCCAAGAUGAGAGGCAGCAGUGUGAUCCUUGCCCUCCUCUUCCUCACAGGAACCCAGGCCCGCUACUUCUGGCAGCAUGACGAGCCCCAGCAGUCCCCGGUGGAGCACCUCAAGGAGCAGUUCCGGAUUUACAUAGAACAUGCCCGGACCAGUGCUAGGGAAGUGAUCGACCAGCUGGACGCCUCCUCUUUUGGCCAACACUUCGAUCUGGACCUGGCUACCAAGGUGGAGACUGUGGCUGCUGUGGCUGAACAGAUCCGGGAGCAGCUGGCCCCCAGCUACCGAGCAAUCAAGGAACGCCUGGAUGCAGAUUACCAGGAGCUGACGGCAGACCUGGCGCCAAUCCAGGCCAAGAUCCAGCCCUUACUGAAUGACUUCCAUACGAAGCUGCAGCAGGAGGGAGAAGUCUUUUAUGCCAAGCUGAAGCCGCUGGCGGAGGAGUGGCGGGAGACUGCACGCCAAGACCUGGCGCAGCUGCAGAGCAAGGUGGAGCCCCUAGCUGCCGAGGCCCGGGACAAGGUGAGGGAGCUGGUGGCCGACUUCCGCCGGAAAAUAGCCCCCUACAAUGACGAGGUCCGCCAGAAGGUGAGCGAGAAGGUGCAGCAGGUGCAGGAGCGCCUGGCGCCCCGUCUGCGCGAGCUCUACACCACCGUACAGGAGCAGGUGGACGCGCUGCGGAAGACCCUGGUCCCCGUGCUGGAGGGCGCCCGCCAGCGGGCAGUGCCGGCCCUGGAGAGCCUGAAGAGCUACGUGGUGUCCCUGCUGAGCAACCUGCAGAAGAAGUUGGAGCAGCAGCAGCAGCAGCAGCAGGCGGCCUAGGGGCCACACUGUCUCCCAUACCUUCCUAUGCCCCAGGACCACUGAGCACCUGGCCGCCUUCCCCUCCUUCCCUCUCUCUCUGUGCAGCUGGUGCCAAAUAAAAGCCAUGCACGGGA